UUCUUCCCACGUGGUUCUCCAAAGGCGGUCUAGGGGGUGGGUAACAUGGAAGGGUAUUUGGGAGAGGAACCAUUUCCUUCUGUUAGACUCUUUCAUUGAUCCCUAGUGAUACUGCUCACAUGAAGCAAGAUUUCAGAGGACGAUGAACUCCUGGUUGAGAGCGCUACAUUUUGGGUGGGGCAUGUCUUCGGGAGAUGUUGAGGCCAUCAGAGUGGGGCAGGGAGGUCUGGGGAACUUGUACUAGAGAUGACAUGAAUAGCAAGGAAGACACAGGGGACUCUAGGCCCUGGGGUCCUGACUGAGAGCCGUGGGUGCGGCUUGUCCCGAGAGGCAGCAGAUGCCCUCGGUACGGAAGGCUGGGGACCCAGCAGGGCGGUGGCCUAGAAUGCUCUUCGAAGCAUUAUCUCCUCCUUGCCGCAAGAGGGCGCUGCGGCCAAGACGCCCGGAGGAAGAAGUAAAGCGAGUCCACGUUGGCCCCGACGCCUGCGUACAGACACCGCGCCGGGUUUGGCUCCCCUGCUUCACGGCCACUGGCACGGAUUGGACCCACGGGCGGGGCGUGAUGGUAGUCGGUACCGGAACCUCCUUGGCGCUGUCGUCCCUCCUGUCCCUGCUGCUCUUCGCUGGCAUGCAGAUAUACAGCCGCCAGCUGGCCUCCACCGAGUGGCUCACCAUCCAGGGGGGCCUGCUGGGCUCCGGCCUUUUCGUCUUCUCCCUGACUGCCUUCAAUAAUCUGGAGAAUCUGGUCUUUGGUAAAGGUUUCCAAGCAAAGAUCUUCCCCGAGAUUCUCCUGUGCUUGCUGCUGGCCCUCUUUGCAUCUGGCCUCAUCCACCGAGUGUGUGUCACCACCUGCUUCAUCUUCUCCAUGGUUGGGCUGUACUAUAUCAACAAGAUCUCCUCCACGCUGUACCAGGCAACGGCCCCAGUCCUCACACCAGCCAAGGUCACCGGCAAGGGCAAGAAGAGAAACUAGCCCUGAAUGACUAAUAAAGUUGACUCUUUGUA